AUGUGUUUCUCAACCAUUUUCGCCAUUUGUUUGUCUCAUUUGGCGAAUUCUGUGUCCGUUUUGGUCUCCAGAAUAGUGUCCAUCUCUUGCCCUCACUAUUGCCACAAUUGUGAACCCUUUGAAAGCUGUGAAUUAUUCCGUAACACCGAGUUUUACAUCGCGGGCACAGACUGUGGCAAAAAAUGCGCGGAUAGGCUCAACGCAAAGACACUCUCCUAUUGCGAUCUGAAUGUCCGCAAACCGGGCUGUUAUUGCAAAACUGGUUACUUCAGGGACUGGUCGUACAAUUGUGUUCGCGGCAAUCAGUGCGAUAAGGGACGGCCCGCUAAGGGCGGCAAAUCC